AUGACUCCAAAUUAUUUUCCUGUUCCUAAACCAUCCAAAUCAUACUGGAUCGAGAAUGCCGAUUCAAGGUUGCAACAUUACCGAGAUAAGCGGGGCAUACCAGAUAAAGCCGAUACUGUCAUUAUUGGUUCAGGAUUUACAGGUACCGCUGUCGCUGCCGGCCUUCUUUUGGAAAGGAGAUUUAAGGGAAAUGUAGUGAUGCUUGAAGCACGUGAUGUUUGUUCUGGAGCAACCGGAAGAAACGGUGGUCAUCUUAGGGCAUAUUACUAUGAAAAUCAUUCGACUUAUGUUGAACGAUAUGGGGAAAAGAUUGCUGCAGACAUCGCUAUUUUCGAAGAGAAUUGCAUCAAAAGUCUUGAGGAUAUUUUGUCAAAGUACAAGAUUGAUUGUCUUUUGGACAAAAGACUGAACUGUGAUACGUUUCAAACAGAGUCUGUUUCCAAGAGGAUGAUGCACGAUUAUUAUUCUUUUAUGAGUAACAAAUACGUGCCAAAGAAAAUGAAGCAGAAGGUUCAUAUAUACUUUGGGCAGCAGGCAGAAAAUACGUCGAGCCAUAAAAGUACAAAUUGUUGUGUUUUCUGCCCUACUGCUUCAGUGUGGCCUUAUAAGCUUGCUUGUUCAUUGUUGGAGCACUGUGUAGAUAAAGGGCUUAAUUUGCAAACAAACACAGCUGUUACCGAUGUUCAGUACCUUCGGGAUGUUGAAAAAUGGUUUCUCGAGACUCCAAGAGGGAAUAUUAUUGCCAACAAAGUGGUAAUUGCAACCAAUGCGUAUACUGCUGCUAUUCUACCCGAAUUUAAAGGUGUGAUAGUUCCAGUCAAAGGAUGCGUUUCACAUUUAAAACCCGCUGAUCAUUCUAUUAAGAAGCUUCCUUACAACUAUUACCACGCUUAUCCAAUGGAAGGUGACUACGUGACUGCAAGAUCCGACGGUUCCAUAAUUAUAGGCGGAGGAGGGAAGACGUAUCUAAAGUAUCCAGAAAGUUCCGAAAUGAUAAACACGGUAGAUGAUUCUGUUGUUCCAAGGAAGGUGGCUAGUUAUUUUAACGGCUAUGCGAACCGGAACUAUAUUCUCUACAAGAACAAGAAAUAUGUUAAUGAUUAUACUUGGACUGGAUGCAUGGGUUACACAAAUGAUGGGCUACCUUUUGUUGGUGAUCUAACUAAUUUUGGACGGCCAAACAUGUACAUAUCUGCUGGGUAUACUGGGCAUGGAAUGCCUAGAAUUUGGACAUGUGGCGCGUAUCUUGCAGAUCUUAUCGCCAAUUCAUUUCGUAAAACGCAUAUUCCAGAAGUUUACAAGAUUACACCUGAACGAAUGACCAGGUCACACUUUGGGUAUUUUGACGAUCUUGUCCGAAUUGAUCCCAGAAAUAUGAUUCUCGCAAAAUUUUAG